CCCUCGCCGUCGUCGGCCGUCGCGGUGGUGCCUGGCGGCCUUAUCGACCGCGGUCUCCAAUUACGCGCGCGGCGGCACGGCCAGGCUGAUUGGGCCUGCAUCGGCCCGCAUAUACACCUCGCGGGUGUGCAGCCUGAGACACUCGGUGGUGUUCGAGGCCGCACGUCGGUCGCCCCGUCGUCCCGUCGCCGUCUCCGAGUUGUAUCCGCCGCGCCGACAACAGUACACAAUGUUCCGCCGUUCGGAUGUUUCCGAACUGGACGUGUAUUUGCUGGUCGCCGCGCUGCUGCUGACGCACCAGGUGUCCGCGGCCAUGCGACUUUCUGUCCCCGCGGCGCACGACGGCGUCCUGGGCGUCCCCGACGGCGUCCUCGGCGUCCGCGGCGUCCGCGGCCACUCGCGGCACGCGCGCGACCUGAUGGACGACGACCUGCUCUCGCCCGUGCUCAGCAUGUUCUCCGGCGGGCCGCGCAGCCGGUGCUGCAAGCAGCUGACGCUGUGUGACCUGGCCGCCACGCUGCUGCAGGCCGUGGAGGCCAACAAGGCCCAGGACGUGGAGACGCUGCGCAAGCGCAAGAGCCAGCCCGCCUGGCACCCGUUUCGGUCCUUCUCCGGAAGAUUCCGCCGCGCGGAGCAGGAGCACCAGGACACCGACCCGGAGGACAGCCCGCCCAACCCCGUGCUGGUCAACAUCGCCAGGACGUACUUGAGGAGGCUGCAGCAGGACGAGGAAGACCGGCGGGCCGAGGCGCUGAGGCACGCUCAAGCCACGCUGGAGCGCGAGCGCGCCGCCACGCACCACCACGACGACGAGGAGGAAGAAGACGAGCCGGAGGAGCCCGAAGCAGCCCCUGGAGGCGACGGCCGCGACGACCCGUCCCCGGCCAUACAGAAAAUCUCGCUACGGCCAUGAAGUCCCCGCCCUCGAACCACAGUCCGGGUCAGACGGGUGAUGCAAAUUAUUUAUUUUCCUAGCAAUAAAUCAAAGUGCGUGCAA